AUGGCUACAUUAGAAGAAUUGGAUACACAAAAUCUUCCUGGAGAUGAAGAAUUAGACCAAGAAAUCUUAAGUCUAACCACUCAAGAAUUACAAACAAGGACUAAAUUAUUAGACAACGAGAUUCGUAUCUUUAGGUCUGAAUUACAGAGACUGUCUCACGAGAACAAUGUUAUGCUUGACAAAAUAAAGGAUAACAAGGAGAAGAUCAAGAAUAAUAGACAAUUACCAUAUCUCGUAGCAAAUGUGGUGGAAGUGAUGGAUAUGGAUGAGAUUGAAGAUAAAGAGAAUAAUGAAUCUACAACACAAGGUGGGAAUGUAAAUCUGGAUAAUGCUGCAAAGGGUAAAGCUGCUGUAGUUAAGACAUCUUCUAGACAAACUGUGUUUUUGCCUAUGGUUGGGCUAGUGGAUCCAACCAAGUUGAAACCUAACGAUCUUGUGGGUGUUAAUAAGGAUUCUUAUUUAAUAUUGGAAAAAUUACCUUCGGAAUUUGAUUCAAGAGUUAAAGCUAUGGAAGUUGAUGAAAAACCAACAGAGACGUAUUCAGAUGUGGGUGGGUUAGACAAACAAAUUGAAGAACUUGUGGAAGCUAUUGUGUUACCAAUGAAACGUGCCGAUAAAUUCAAAGAAUUAGGUAUCAGAGCACCAAAAGGUGCACUAAUGUACGGUCCACCAGGUACUGGUAAGACCUUAUUAGCAAGAGCAUGCGCUGCUCAAACUAAUGCCACAUUUUUGAAAUUAGCUGCUCCACAAUUGGUGCAAAUGUUCAUUGGUGAAGGUGCCAAAUUAGUCCGUGAUGCGUUUGCACUUGCGAAGGAAAAGGCCCCUACUAUUAUAUUUAUCGAUGAAUUGGAUGCUAUUGGUACAAAACGUUUCGAUUCGGAAAAAUCAGGUGACAGAGAAGUUCAAAGAACUAUGUUGGAAUUAUUAAAUCAAUUGGAUGGGUUUAGCUCAGAUGACCGUGUGAAGGUGUUGGCUGCGACAAAUAGAGUCGAUGUGUUAGAUCCUGCUUUAUUAAGAUCAGGUAGAUUAGACAGAAAGAUUGAAUUCCCACUACCUACCGAGGAUGGUAGAGCUCAAAUUUUACAAAUUCAUUCAAGGAAAAUGACCACAGAUGAUGACAUAAACUGGCAGGAGUUGGCAAGAUCCACAGAUGAAUUUAACGGUGCUCAAUUGAAAGCAGUUACUGUUGAAGCAGGUAUGAUUGCUUUAAGAAAUGGGCAAUCUUCAGUAAAACAUGAAGAUUUUGUUGAAGGUAUAGGUGAAGUGCAAGCUAGGAAGUCAAAAUCGGUCUCCUUCUAUGCAUAA